CGAGAGUCUCAUUUUCAUUGACCAGAUUAGCGGCUAAGCAGAAAGGACAGAGCUCCGCGAAGCAUCAAACUCUCUCGCUGUCUCUCUUUUAUUUCCCUCGCCUGUGAAACCCAGGGCCUAGGAGAAAGGCAUUAGACAUCCAUUUCUCGGGCCAUGUUACUGCACCUUCUCAGAUCAGGAUAGUAUCAAUUUGCAUAUCUAUCCGAUCCGAAUCCGAGUCAGAAUCAGCCAUGACUAGGCGGUGCUCUCAUUGCAGCCACAAUGGGCACAAUACGAGGACCUGCUCUAACCGCGGGGUCAAGCUCUUUGGGGUCCGAUUGACAGACGGGUUGAUCCGCAAAAGUGCUAGUAUGGGCAAUUUAAGCCAUUAUACAGGGUCUCCCAACCCGGAUGGGGCCCACGCUUCCCCCGGCGAGACACCCGACCACGGGGACGCUGCUGACGGCUACGCUUCCGAGGAUUUCGUUCCUGGGUCUUCUUUGAGCCGUGAGCGAAAGAAAGGCGUUCCAUGGACUGAAGAGGAACAUAGGAUGUUUCUACUUGGCCUGCAGAAGCUUGGCAGAGGUGAUUGGCGUGGGAUUGCACGCAAUUAUGUUAUAUCAAGGACACCUACUCAGGUGGCCAGUCAUGCACAAAAAUAUUUCAUCAGGCAAAGCAAUGUUUCCAGGAGAAAAAGGCGGUCCAGCCUGUUUGAUAUAGUAGCUGAUGAACCAGUUGACAUUCCAAUGGCAUCACAAGAAUUCUUGACUGUCAACCAUCCCCUGACAGAAACUCCAAGUGAUGAUCCUGAUCCUUUACCUGCUCCUCCUCCUUUGGAUGAAGAAUGUGAAUCAAUGGAUUCUACCAACUCCAAUGAGGCAGAAGCUGUUCCUCCAAAGCCAGAUAGCCCACAGUCCUUCUACCCAGUUAUAUGCCCAGCUUAUUUCCCACCAUUGUUCCCAUUUUCGUUCCCACUUAGGUCAGGAUAUGGUGCGGAGCCAAGUAAGGAGACACAUGAGGUUCUCAAGCCGACAGCAGUACAUUCGAAAAGCCCAAUCAACGUUGAUGAGCUGGUUGGCAUGUCAAAACUGAGUUUAGGAGAAUCUAUUGGUGAUGCUGGGCCCUCUUCUCUUUCCCUAAAAUUGCUUGGAGGAUCAUCCAGACAAUCUGCUUUUCACGCUAAUACGGGCUCUAAUGCUUCAAACAUGAAUUCAGGCAGCAGUCCAAUCCAUGCAGUUUAAAGGCAGCUUUGGCGGAAAUGAGAUUGUAGGUUUUUUCCUUUUUUUUUUUUUUUGGGUCGAAAGAGAUGAGAUUGUAGGUUUAGCUGGGUGCUAAUGAGAGCUUGAGACAUUACUGUUUAUACAAGGCAACAAUGUGUAGCCUGUUAGGGGUUCAUUUACAUAUUCAUUUGUGGGAUCCUCAAUAAUAAUUUUCCCUCAUGUAUUGGUAGCUUGUUAUAGUUUAUAGCUUCA